CCCGGGUUAAGUUAACUCGACCCUGUCACCAUCCAGCUUAUAUUCUCACACCCUCCCCUCUCAGCUCUCAUGAAGGUAGUGAAGAAAAAGAAGGAUUGAAGAGAAAGAGAAAGAGACUGUGUGAAAGGAAAGAGAGAGACAGAGUAUGAUGGGAGAAGGGAUACACCGUAAUCUGAUGGUGGACGUGCCGCCAUGGUCGAUCGCCGACGAUCAGCUUACAGUUAGCGAUUUGGGCGGUUGCAUCGCCGGUGAUUACUUGCUGAGUGAGGCGGUGAUGGCGUCGCUUCAGCGUUAUUUGCCGGCGAACGAAGUGACGGACACAGAGGAUGCGGCUGAUCUCGCCGAUCCGCCUAUAGACGCGUACUCAUGUGACGAGUUCCGCAUGUACGAGUUUAAGAUCCGGCGAUGUGCUCGUGGUCGGUCGCACGAUUGGACCGAGUGCCCUUACGCCCAUCCCGGCGAAAAAGCUCGGAGAAGGGAUCCGAAGAUCUACCACUAUUCCGGCACGGCAUGCCCUGAUUUCCGCAAGGGGAACUGUAAGAGGGGUGAUGCGUGCGAGUAUGCACACGGCGUGUUUGAGUGUUGGCUUCACCCUGCGAGGUACCGUACCCAGCCCUGCAAGGACGGUACGGCGUGCCGUCGCCGUGUGUGCUUUUUUGCGCACACGCCGGAGCAGCUUCGUGUUUUGCCGUCCCCGCAAAAACAAAGUCCUAGGGCAGUUCUGGAGUCUUAUGAUGGGUCUCCGAUGAGGCUACAUGCGGUGGAUGCUUACUUUGGAAAGGGACUGAUCCCGUCCACGCCGAACUUAACCCUGAUCUCGCCGCCGAUGUCUCCGACGGCGGAUUCGCCGCCCAUAUCUCCAGCUAGGCGCGGUUCGUGGCAAGUGGGUUCUCCGGUCAACGAAGUUUUGAUGUCUCUGAGGAAGUUGCACUUAAGCAAGGUGAAGUCCGUACCAUGCUCUUCUUUUGAUGCAGUGCAGGGUGUAGGGAGUGUGUUGGGGUUAAAACCGGGGUUCAGCAGCUUGCCGUCGACUCCGACGAGGGCGCUGGUCUCCGGUAUCGGCGGCAGCCCAAUGAGUUCUGAUGGGUUCAACGAUGUCGGAGAGCCGGUGGAGAGGGUUAUUGAAUCUGGGAGAGCCCUUAGGGCAAAGAUGUACGAAAGGUUAAGCAGAGAGAGUGGGCUGGGCCAGGUUGAGGUCGGGUCAGCCCCCGAUGUUGGGUGGGUUUCAGAGCUUGUUAAGUAACGAAAGAAAAGAUUAGAAGGCGGCAGUAAAACGGGAAGGAAAAUUUGAGUAUCAGCAGCAAAAACCUAAGCUUUUUAUUAUUAUUAUUAUUAUUUCGGCAUUAAUCCGCAAGCUUUAAUUCAUUAGAAAAAUAGUAAAUUUAUAAAUCUGAGGCGAAAAAAAAGUGUUUUGUGGAGCAUUCUGAGAUCGGACAUCUACAAAUUGGAGUGGCAGUAGCAGCAGAUCGAUCAAAGCAAGCAAAUGGCUUUUCUUAGGUCUCUGAUCGUAAUUUUUAUUUCAGAAAUUAUCUAACCGUCAAUUUUGGAGCUGAAGCUUCUGGGUUUAUUAUAUAUUGUAAUUUUGCUAUUUUAUUCUGUAAGACUUUCUUAAAUACUGAAUGUAAUCUGUAAAUACUGAUGUAAAUUUUAAUUUUUUCUGUAAUUUUUUUUGGUUUGUAUGUAAGGGUCUGUUCAAUUUGGUGAGCUGUUAUAUAAAUAUGUUAUAUGUAUUUCAAGUAAAAAAAAAUGUUCUGUUCGUUCUGUAAUUUUGGAGAUUUACAAGGAACUGAGGAAAUGAGGCUUUAUC